AUGGCUUCCUCCUCAUCCCCAGCGACGCCGCUACUUUACCUGGGCCGCCGCAUCCCCUUUGGCUUCCUCUUCGAGAUCCGGCGCCGCUUCCUCGAGCGCCUGACACCUGAGACGACCGACUACGCCGAUCUUCCCAACUACGGCGCCGCAUCCUUCAAUGGCGAGCUCAAGAGCCUCAUGGUCGAGUACGGCACCACGUCCGGCGGCAAGGACGACGCCAUCAACAACGUCCAGCGCGAGAUCGACGAUGUCAGGGGCAUCAUGACGCGCAACAUUGAGGGGCUGCUCGAGCGCGGCGAGCGCAUCGACCUCCUCGUCGACAAGACCGAUCGUCUGGGCGGAAGCGCGCGCGAGUUCCGCGUUCGCAGCCGGGGUCUUAAGAGAAAGAUGUGGUGGAAGAACGUGAAGCUCAUGGCGCUGCUGGCGCUGGUCAUCAUCCUCAUCCUGUCGGUCAUAGUGAUUGCCGUGCGGGGGUAA